AAACGUCAGAACAAACCAACGGCAGGAGGAGCAGGGAGACUCCCAAGACAGGCGAUCGAUAUCUCUUCCUCAUCGCCGGCCGGCGCGCGAUCGACUCUCACCGCCGGCGACCCGACUUGCUUCAUCAGCCAUGGCAAUGGCUUACAAGAUGGCGACGGAGGGGAUGAAGGUGAAGGAGGAGUGCCAGAGGUGGUUCAUGGAGAUGAAGUGGAAGAAGGUGCACCGGUUCGUGGUGUACAAGAUCGACGAGAGGUCGCGCGCCGUGCUGGUGGACAAGGUGGGCGGCCCCGGCGAGGGCUACGACGAGCUCGUCGCCGCGCUGCCCACCGACGACUGCCGCUACGCCGUCUUCGACUUCGACUUCGUCACCGUUGACAACUGCCAGAAGAGCAAGAUCUUCUUCAUCGCCUGGUCACCGACCGCAUCGAGGAUAAGAGCCAAGAUUCUGUACGCGACGUCCAAGCAAGGGCUGCGGCGGGUGCUGGACGGGGUCCACUACGAGGUGCAGGCCACCGAUUCCUCCGAGAUGGGCUACGACGUCAUCCGAGGCCGUGCCCAGUGAGAGCCACCCACCAUGCGGUUAAUUUCUGCUACAAAUUUGGACCGGUAGCCGAGCUCAGCCGAUACCGGCACGCGGUGCUGUAUCUAACAGGUGUGGUAUAAUCGGACGGAUGCUAAUUGGCUCUCUCUCACGUUCGUAGGGCGCUGAUGAUGCGAUCUGACGAGGGUUUGUGCUUUUUUUUUCCUCGGUUUAGAGUCCGGCGUGGUAUGCUUUCGUUUGGGGAAUUUGGAGGGGUUGUGUUGUACUACUUGUAUGUAGAGCGAGUGGUUGGCGUGUGCCGAGGGAGUGGCGGUGGAUUAGUGAAACGUCCAUCGCGGUGACGUAGAAAUUCCACCGAGGAUGCUCCGCUUGGCUAAUUGUUUUUCCAGUAAACGUGAUCGAAGUGCUUCAAUCAAAAA